AUGACGCUGUUGAAUCGUCCUGACAGAGCGAUCUGUCAGGAACUCGCCAAGAGCAACUUUACCCUCUCUCAGGUUAAGGCUUACAAUGAGCCGGAGUACUCCGGGUGGGCAUCACGCAGGCGUCGCGUUACCAACAUUCUUGUGUGGGAAUUUAAUUGGUUCGUGACAAGCGGCAACUACCUUCUGCGCUUUGCCCAGAAGAAGGCCUCGUGUCGUCCCAUAGAAAUUAUAUAUCUUCCGGAGGCGGUGGUUCGGCGAUGUUGUGUGGCGGAGAACUGCUGUGUGGGGCAACCGUUCGUCCUGGAACUCGUCCCGGUGUUACACCUUGUUCGUGGGAAAGAAACGUUGGUGCCAGUGGAGCCACAAGAAGUGCAUCUCUCCUUUGAGAAUGCGGAGGAGCUGUGUGACACGAUCACGUUUCUCGCAAAUAUUAGUGCAAGGCGUGGGCGGACCGCCGCCAUCACAUUUGGGCCACCGGCUCAGGUGAGGCAUCGCAUCCAUGUAAAUGCCGCAAGCGAGAAGAAAGAUUUCGGCCUGAAUCUUCUUCCGCCCGCGGUGCGGAAAUGGCUGCUGCAUCAGGGCAUAACCUCCGCCGCGCUGGCUGGAAAUGAGGCGACGCCGAUGAACUGUGCCAAGACUCUCUACCAAUUACAGCUGCAGCGCGGAGUGGUGACAAAUCCUCCACCCAUUGCGAAAGGAAUAAUAUCUGAAGAACAACAAGAAACUAGGAAAGGUGCUCCUUCUUUAGUGUCGUUGUUGGAGCCUCAGAGUGUGGUGCUGGGGCCACUGCUCUCUGAUGGUGAUCCAGAGUCUCUCUUCAGUGACUGGGAAAGGCUGGAUUGUGGGUCACAAGGGGAAGUUUUCAAAGCCGUGCGGACAUUAGAUGGCGACAAAGUUGCAAUCAAGCGCAUCACCGUAGGUCGGGGUCAAAAGCUGCCGCCUUCCCUCGUGAAGGAGAUAUCACUGCUGAAGGCACUGCACCAUCCCAAUAUUGUGACGCUGCAUGACUGCUACCGAAAAGGCAGUCAUUUAUUUCUCGUCAUGGAGUUGAUGGACGGUGGUAAAUUGACUGAUUUGUUGUUUCCAUUGGAGGGGGAAAGGGUAGUGUUCACCGAGGCACAGCUGGCAACGUUGAUGCGAGAGGUGCUUCAGGCUCUUCUGUGUCUCCACAAUUCCCGCUGUGUCCACCGCGACGUUAAGUCCGAUAAUAUUCUUUUGUCUUUGCGUGGUGAAGUAAAGUUGGGGGACUUUGGCUUUGCCACGUUGCUCACGCUUCCGAGAGGCACGCGUAAGACCGUCGUUGGGACGCCGUACUGGAUGGCUCCCGAAGUCGCAGGUGGAAGGGCGUACGAUAGCAAAGCCGAUGUGUGGAGCGCUGGAAUCCUCUUUUUGGAGAUGUGCGAUGGACAACCACCGUUGAUGGGCUUGAAUCCUGUGCGAGCACUGCUUAAAAUAAGCACUGGCCCACCACCCGCUAUGAAAACCGCAAAACGUUGGUCGUCGCUGUGUAGAGCGUUUGCGUCGUUUCUCUUAGUAAAAGAUCCUGCGCGGCGUCCCAGCGUUGAUGACGCACUAAGGCAUCCUUUCAUCGUAAAAAAAGCCGAGCCGACGUGUCAGUUUCUGGUGACGAUGUUGGAAAUGGGAAAAGCCCGAAUUGGCGACCCACCAAAUGAUGAG